AUGACCUCAGCCUCUAAACAACGUAUCUGUGACACACAGCUUGUCGAUUCCAACAAGCGCAAGUUUCUUGCACACGGUACUUCUGGAAUCGUCUACGCUAUUGAUGAAAACCGCGUCUUGAAGGAGUACUAUGAUGCCGAACAAGGCACCGAGGAGCAUAGGGCUUUGGACCGGCUCGGCUCACACCCCAACAUCAUUCAAUGCUUCGGCGGCGCAAAAGAAAAUUCCAUCAUUCUCGAACGCGGUAUUCCCUUGCUCUCACUGAGCGACGCAGCCGACAUUUGGAUACAAAACCGCGAAGCCUGGAUCAAAGACGUUGCAGAAGGGCUGCUUUACAUCCAUCAAAACAACAUAAUCCAUGGUGAUAUUGGCUGCGAAAACAUGGUCAUUGUUGAUAAGAGGGUAAAGAUAAUUGACUUUGAGGGUUGUGGAAUGGACGGAAAGGAAUCAACUGCGGCAUAUAAAUGGUAUAAUCGGCGGGGAUUGUCUGUUGACGUACAGAGUGGUAUUUUUGCGUACGGCUGUGCCGUCUACCAGCUCCUCACAGGCAAACCAACCUUCUCUGAAUUGGUCGACCGUGUCGACCGUGACAAAGUUGCGCGGCGUCUUUGGACCGAGGGCAGAUUUCCGGACGUUCAGGGUUUGCGCCUGGAUAGUGUUAUGCUUGGUUGCUGGUCUGGGGAGUUCAACUCAAUGGAAGAAGUGAUUGCCGCGUUGUUACGGCCCAAGGGGGGCUUGCAGGAAGUAGGGCACUACAGUGGUCGUGCAGCAAUCUGGUACAUCUCAGAGCCCAACCCACCACAGUCCAUUCCCCGGCACCCCACCCAAUGUGGCGCCGCAUCGAACAACGUCACCACUGCGCUGCCAACGUCAGUCAACCUUGGUGCGUUGUUGAAACUCAACUGCCUGCUGCGGCCCAACCUGCAAACACAUGACCCUGCUCGAUCUGGCAUCGCAUCUCGCCACGACUUUCAACUAACUAGCUCUUUUCCCCUCCCAUCAACGAACUUUGCUUGGACCCUUCUGUCGGGCUGUCAUGGCAUGUAG